UGUUUACAUGAAAUGACUAACUAUACUCUCCCUCUGGAUUGUACUAAUAAGCUAAAUGUGAUGGUGAACUUCAGGAACCUGUAUUUCUCAAUGUCACAUAUUUGUAGCAUAUCCUUUGUAUGUCUGUGAAGCUGAGAUACUCUACAGCUGUCUCCAUGUUAACUUGUCUUAAGAGGGUCUUCAAGGUUGAAUAAGCUGGAGACUCAUAAUGUCCCUCAACAAGAGAACACAAAUGUACUGCCAUCAUUAAAGCAGAAGGUUGAUGCAAUGUUGACAUUGACAUCAGUCAGUGUUGUUUAUAAUAUGAUUCUUUCUCUUUCAAUGGUGACUGAAGUCCAGGCUGUUUUGCCUGCUGAACCUACAACCAGAGAGGAUUUCCUACAAUCCGGGAAAAGAACGUCUGCCACGGACAAGGUUGACAAGAUGGGUAAAGAUCCAAGGAAGCCACGAGGAAAAAGGUCCUCAUAUUCCUACUUUGUGCAGACGUCCAGGGAGGACCAGAAGCAACACCCUGAUGCGUCCGUGAAUUGCUCUGGAUUCUCCACGAAAUGCUCUGAGCAAUGGAAGGCCAUAUCUGCGAAAGAUAAGAGGAAGUUUGAGGACAUGGCUGAACAGGAUAAGGUCCGCUAUGAGAGUGAAAUGAAAAAUUACAUCCCGCCUAAGGGUGAGGAGAAGAGACGGUUUAAGGACCCCAAUGCCCCAAAAAAACCAGCAACUGCAUUUUUCAUCUUCUGCCCCGACAUCCGCCCUAAGAUCAAGGCGGAAAAUCCAGGUCUAACUCCUGGAGACAUCAGAAAGAAGCUUGGGGAGAUGUGGAAAAGCUCUGCUGCUGAUGUUAAACAGCCCUAUGAAAAGAAGGCUGCUAAACUGAAGGAGAAGUAUGACAAGGAUAUUGCUGCAUAUCGUACAAAAGGAAUAGCAGGUUUGUCCAAAAAGGAUGAUGACGAUGAUGAUGAUGAUGGCGAAGAGGAGGAUGACGACGACGAUGAUGAUGAUGACGACGAAUACCUGUAGAUCCGCUACUGAUAUAGCCUGGAUUCCUGUUGAUGCCAUUUAACCCAAUUGUGCACACUUUCACCUCUCAAAGUACAACAGGAACAAGACAUGUUAGGCUGUGUAUAUGAAAGAUUUUUAAGAUGUACAGUGUAAUUCUCCUUUUGUAAAGUUGACACUAUGUGUCUUCAGUCUAGGGCUGAACGAUUAAUUGCAUUUGCGAUUUAAUCGCGAUAUGAUAGAACGCGAUUUUCUAACCGCAACGUUCGCGAUUAAAAACGUGGUAAAAUAAUAAUAAUUUCUUAAGAUG